AUGAGCAGCGUCCGCCGCCGCCCCCGCUCGCAGGCGGCGUUCCCGCUGGAAGACGACGACCUGCUCUCCGAGAUCCUGCUCUGCCUCCCCCCGCAGCCUUCCUCCCUCCCCCGCGCAUCCCUUGUCUGCAAGAGCUGGCACCGCCUUGUCUCAGAUCCCCGAUUCCGAUGCCGCCUCCGCCUCCGCCACCGCCGCAACCCUCCCCUCCUCGGCUUCUUCAACCGAUUUGAUGGCCUCUCCUUCCAACCUACCCUGGACGCCCCUGACCGUGUUCCUCUCGGGCGCUUCCCCUUGCAGCGCGACGACGGCGACUACUUCGUCUCCCUCGGAUGCCGCCAUGGCCUCCUGCUCAUCUUCCUUCCGGAGCGUCUCCAGAUCCUUGUGUGGGAUCCCGUCACGGGAGACCAGCACCGCCUGACCCUUCCCCCGGUGGUCGCGGAACGUGCGGAGAAGAUUGGGAUCAGCGGGGCGGUGUAUCGCGCCGCCAGAGACGUCCAGCAGUUCCAGGUGGUCUUGGCAGUGACAGACGGUGACGGCCCGAAACACAGACGAGCGCUGGCCUGUGUUUAUUCCUCAAAGACCGGCUUAUGGGGGAAUCUCAUCUCCACACCCAUUCCGCACCAGGCUCAUGGAUCCCAGUUUUUCACCAUGGUUACCGGUGAUGCUUUGCUGGCUGGAGAUUCCCUUUACUGGGUGCUUGCUGGGAAUUUGGAUGGAAUUCUCGAGUUUGAUUUGGAGAAGCAGAGUCUAGCUGUGAUACACGUGCCAGUGGAUGUGCGUGGCAGGCGCCACUUCAAGCUUAUGCGGGCAGAGGGCGGUGGGCUGGGUUUCCUCUUCAUAUCAGAAUCCGACCGCUACACCGCCCAAUUAUGGAAGAGGCUGACCGGCCGUGAUGCUAUUGCUUCAUGGGUGCUUGCAAGAACUAUUGAACUUGACAAGCUACUUUCCCUGAAUCCAGAGGAGGAAGAGCACAUAGUGAUGCUAGGGUUUGCUGAAAACAACAAUGUGUUGUUGCUGUGGACGGUUGUUGGCGUCUUCACGAUCCAUCUCGAGUCAUUGAAGUUCAAGAGCUUUUCAAAACUAUGCAAAUGUCUCACUAUCAUCCAUUCGAAAGUGUCUAAACUGAAGUAAUAGGCAUUGGUGGUAGACAUGGUGCAUCUGAUCUUAUGCACAAUAAAUAAGAUGAUUGUCUGGUUAAAUAUGCUGUUGUCAUGUACUGGCAGAGUAGGUUACAUUCUGGUGACUGAAAUGAAGAACUGCGUUGUUGGCUGUAGGCUCUUCUAUUGUGUAUGUUCGACGCGGAGAUUGGCUCUCUGUAGCAUGCGCCACUCGGCUGUGAAGUGCACUUGUAGGAAUUACUUGUUUAAUUUGGCAACUUCCGUCUAUUAUCUACUUUCCGUGGGCAUCAGUCAACUGGCGUGAAGGUCGAAGGCACAUUGACUUGCUGCUUUCGGAGCAAGCAUGUUUACCAAGCUCGCGACCCUGCUUGCAUUUGGUGUGUGUGCUAGUGUGCGUGCAUUCGGUUAUCUUGCGUCUUUGUAUUUUGCUCGUUUUCCAUGAUGCCCCAUUGUCCGUGCGGGUGGAGUUUUCAUCUGGUUCCGAGAUGAGCUAUUUUCAAACAUAUUCUGGGUAAUGAAUGUUGAAUCGAUCAGUAUUUGUACC